AGAAGUACCGAAACCACAUGAUGAUGUAGUAACUUGGUAGCAUUUCAAUAUAACUAAAUAUCAAAAUUCGUUAACGUGUCAUAAAUAAUAAUUCUUAAAUUGCAAGAUAAUAUAUCGUUCCAAAAUGUAAUACAAUUGAAUACGGUUUUAUUUUUCUGAUGUUGUUACUGAUUACACUGUUUAAUACUUAUAUAUUAUAUAUAAUAUAAUAUUCACUGUUUACACUUGAUUAUUUAACUGUAGCCUACAAAAUACAAAUGCUGAAUAUGGACCUGCAACCGCCAUGCCCAGGCACUCGGACACGCAGUACUUAGUAAAUCGUUCAGCAUAACAUCCAUUUUCCUUAUAGCGCAAGCCACAAUAUCGAAAGUUGAGACCAGAAUCACAAUCCACGUGUUUUAAUGUUGGAUGCUUAUUGCUUAUGAAAUUAUAAAUUACGACUGCAGUAGUGCAGCCAUAGAUAAUAUAAAAUAUAUGUUAUAUAAUCUAUGGCCGCACCAAGCCGACUUCCUCCCCUACCCUAUUUGUUUAUCGCCUUAUCAUCGUGAUCGUGCGCACUUUGGUCGACGGAAUUGUUUGUUAUCGUUUGGUUUUUGUAUUCGUGUUUCGUUCACUGAUUGCUGUGGAGCGUCGACGGUCAACAGUCAACACUGAACACUUCUACAGUAACUGACUCGUAAGUCACAACAUUCGACGCCCGGCACGACGGUGCCUACAGUAAACAAUAAUCGUGUCGUCACAUUAAUAAAUUCGCGCGGUCGUCGUUGGAGGCGGUGAUUGAAGAGGAAUUAAAAAAAUGUAAGCAGAACAAAAAAAAAUUGUCUGAAAAAAAACUUGUCGACGGACGCAAUUUUGAUUCCGUUCUACAAAUUCAAUUGCGACGGGGUUUCGUUAUUGCUCCGUCAGCGCAUUUGCAUGGGAUAUAAUAAAGAAACGGAAAAAAAUACUAGGUAUACCCAUAACCUGUAGAUGUGUUGUACCUAGUUCGGUUUCCUUCAGACAUGUCUUGCACUAAACAUGGUUUGAGGUGUGCACCAUAGCCCUCGAUCACACUACACACACUACAAACCAAUAGCGUCUAAUUGUACUAUAAUCACCCUUGACAGCGAGGAAACAAUGUUAACGCUGUUCAGCAAUGCCCAUAACUACACUACUUCAAUUACGGUCGGCUACAUUGGGGUGGAUGUUGAUUGGUGGCUCUGGAUGACAUGGCUGCUUUGGCCACUCAUUGUUACGUUCCUGUUGCCCCUCACCAUCGUUCUGUUGUUCUACAUAACUGGUGUUAUACUCUAUGUCUAUAAACUUCACAGGGAAAGACUUAUAAAUGCAUAUGAAAAUAAUUUUUGGGAUGGUGCAAUAAAAACUGUAGCUGCAUUAUGGGAUGCUCAUGGUUGGAUUUGGCAUGGAUAUGAAUUAAAUGGCCUUGAAAAUGUACCUAUUGACAGUCCAGCAUUGUUAGUGUAUUAUCAUGGUGCUAUUCCUAUUGAUUUGUAUUACAUGAUUUCUAGAAUAUAUUUGAUAAAGGCAAAAUUAGUUCAUACUGUAGCGGAUCAUUUUCUGUUUAAAUUACCUGGAUGGUCAAUAAUAUCUGAACCAUUAAAAGUAAUACCUGGUACUGUGCAGACUUGUUCAGACAUACUAAAAGAAAACAAUCUUUUAGCAAUUUCGCCUGGUGGUGUUUAUGAAGCUCAAUUUGGUGACAGGUAUUACAGACUUAUGUGGAAAAAGCGAUUUGGUUUUGCUAAAGUAGCUAUAGAUGCUAAAGUACCUAUUAUACCAGUAUUCACACAAAAUAUUCGUGAAGCAUUUCGUUGUAUUGGUAUUGGUCGUCGAUUCUGGUUGCGAAUAUAUUUAUGGACCCGGUUGCCAAUAGUACCAAUAUAUGGAGGUUUUCCCGUCAAACUAAGAACUCAUAUUGGUAAACCAAUUCCAUAUGAUCCAGAUAUAUCGGUCGAAGACUUACAAAAAAAGGUGGCAAGUGCAAUUGAAGAAUUAAUAUGUCAACACCAAAAAGUGCCUGGAAAUAUACUAAGAGCUCUCUGUGAACGUGUUUAUAACCCUUUAAACUGUAGUAAGAAGAAAACAUGACAUUACGCUUUGCUUACUAGUGAUGGGAAAGUUUAAACUGAUUGUCAUGGUAUUUAGACUGUGUUGUGGUACAUUGUAAUUUUGUGACAAAUUGUAACUGAUUUCUCUAUAGCAUAAUUUAAUUAAUGAGAUCUUAACUUUUUUAAGUAUUUAUAAGUUAUAUAUUAUAUACGAAAAAACUCAGUUUAUAGUUAAUUUAUUACUAUCUGUAAAAAAAAAAAUUUUAUUUUUAUUUGGUUAAGUACUUAUUUAUUUCCAAAUCAGUGGUUUUAUCAAUAACUGUUUAAUUGAAUUGUGUUAUUUAUUGACAGUUACAUAUAACAUGCCACACCCAAACUUCAAAACUAAAAUUUUCUAAAAUGUUCAUGAGAAUAGAUAGUAUUGUUAAUAUUGGUAUAGAUAAAUAUAUCUAUAUUAUUUUCUACUAUUUAUCCAAAAUCUACUUAAGUUUGUUUGGAGUAAAAAAGUAAUAGUUCUAAAAUGGUUUUUAAAUGUAGCUGUGAUUAUAUUAUAUUAUACACUGAGACUUUUAAUAUAGUUAUUGAUUUGGUGUAUGAUAAUUUAUUAUCUGAAUUUUGUGUUCUAUUAUUAAUAUGUAUGUGAUAUGAAAUUGUUUACAUAUUAUUUAAAAAAAUCAUUAAUGGUUAUGAUAAAUUUGAUUCCCAUUUAUUGUAAUUUGGCUGUCCAGUUUUUUAUUUUUAUUUACCAAAACGAUGUGCUAAUGAAGAAAUUAUUUUAUAAUUUAGUUAAAACUACUUUGUGAUAUAUUUUUAAAUAUUUAUUAUUAUGUAUUUGACACUUUGUAUUUAGAUUGUUUAGAAAUUCUGAUAUUUAUUUUUAUGUUAUAUUUAAACUUAAUUGUAUUUUAAAACAUUAUAAAUUAUGACUUAUGUUAUUGUUACCUAUUUUAGAACACUGCAACAUACUUUGACAAAAAUUAAUUUAAUGAAAUAAUGACUAUUUAUGGGAUUAAGUCAUUAAGAAUUGUAUUACAUUUAUAUGUUGUGCAUUAUUUUUAAUUAUUAUAUAGUUUUUCAUAUUACUUUAAGUUCAUCUUUAAAUUAAUGAUUUAUAUUACGAUCAAUUGACAAAAACUAAAUAUAUUAUGCUUCUUUCACGGUCCCUAAUAAUUAAUUUAAGAUGUUAUGAUACAGUUCUAGUUUGUUCAGGAGUGUGUUUCAAUACCCAUAUUUUUUUCUACAACCGCCAACUCGGUACUAUGUGUCUAUGUGUGUCUACUGUCUAUCCAUAACAGGAUGAGUCGUGACAACAAAAUAUCUAAAGGACAAUUUAUGAUUUGGUUAGGUUAAUAUUUAAUUAUUAUUAAAGUAGAUAAUAUAUUAUAUAUUUAUAUUAAAUA